UUCUGUCGCCGCUCGUUUUUUCAAGUCGCGGUGUUGGAUGUUUUAUUUGAGCAGCUGCCAAAUGUUUUAAACGUAAAUCUUAGAAGAACUGUAAUAUUGGCGGUUUCUUUAAUUAUUUAUCUCAUGCGUACAGCUUAAGAUAAUUAAGAUAAUUUGGGUAAUUUGAAAGUUAUAACAAAAGAUAAUUGUCGAAAGAAGAUUUAAAUAAUGACUUCUGGAGGUCUGGGCUUCACCGAUGACCUGGGUCAAAACAUCAACCAGGAGGAGUUGGACUUCUCCGACCUGUUUCUGUAUAAUCCACCUGGGGAAGACUUCACUGUCGGCAGUAAUACAGAUGAAUCAGGAGCUCUCCUUCAGAACAACAACCAGCCUCCUCUGCUGGUGGUCGACCAUCACACUUCCUACAUCUCGAGCUCCAACCAGCCAGCCUCCAGUCAGGACCCCUCCUCUCACAGCCCCACCACAGAAAACCUCUCAGGGGCAGUCUUUGACUCCCUGGGGCUGACAUCAAGACCGGGGACCAUCCCUGCUCCCAGUCCUAGGAUUGAGAUCACUCCGUCAGGUGACUCUCUCAGCUCUCAGACCCUGGAGUCGAGCCUUGGCACCAAAGCUCUGGUGGCCUACAGGGAUUGUGUGAGCCCUGCCAGCAGUAACUCCUCUUCAGGCUGGCCUGCAGAGGCAUACUCUCCUUCGGCUUCACCGUGUGUCUCCCCUUCUAAUGGAGGAGGCUGUGGCUUGGGGUUGUCCGGCUUAGACCUCUGCACGGGCAUCCAGGGCAUCCACAAUUCUUCUGCCCACUCCUCUCCAGGUGCCUCUCCUCGCAACAGCAUCACAGAUGAGAUCUUUCUCCAGCCCCAGCAUCAACGCACCGCCUCAUCACUUCCUCACCAGCGUUCCCGCUCUGCCUCGCCACAUGUUAAGCGAUCCUAUGACCAGGCCGACUCCUGUCGGGGGGGCACUCCUGUCAAGCAGCGAUCCCGGAGCCCCAGCCCCAUCCCGGAGCCCCAUGAGCAGCAGGCGUCCUACUACCUCCACCAAUACCAGGCCCAAGCAGAGCUCCAGCCCCCAGCUCAGACCUGUUCCUCGGGCCUCGAGGAGAUGCUGAGCAGCCUCAGCUCCAGUCUACCCAGAGCAAUGCUCUCUGCAGUGGUACGAGACGCACAUAUGCAAGCGCCGAGACAGGACUGUGUGUAUGGUGAGGGGUAUGACUGGGCCAUUGAGCAGGAGAGGAUGGGCAGGGCAGGAGCUGAAGACAAGUCUAAAACCUUCUUUAUGCUCCCAGCUGUGUGGCCUCCUCCUCAUCCAGUCCACCACGUAGCAUUCGGUGGUCUCUCAGUUGCUCCUCUUCCAUCUUUAGAGUGGCCGUUGCCCAGUCAGUCCGGUCAAUACAAGCUUCUUCUCCAGCAAGAGCCCAGAUCUCACCACAGAGCUCACUAUGAGACUGAGGGCAGCCGCGGAGCUGUAAAGACAUCUAACGGAUUGCAUCCGGAAGUUCAGCUCUGUGGGUACCAAGGCGCAGCUCCUCUGGGGCUGCAGGUCUUCAUAGGAACAGCUGACGAGAGGAUCCUGAAACCCCACGCCUUCUACCAGGUGCACCGCAUCACCGGGAAGACCGUCACCACACCGAGCAUGGAGAGGAUGAUGACCGGGACCAAAGUGUUGGAGAUCCCUCUGGAGCCAAAGAACCACAUGAGAGUGAUGAUUGACUGUGUAGGAAUCCUGAAGUUGAGAAAUGCAGACAUCGAACUGAGGAACGGUGAGACGGACAUCGGACGAAAAAACACACGUGUGCGUUUGGUGUUUCGUGUCCACAUUCCUCAACCUGGAGGCCAGCUCGUGUCUCUUCAAGCUGCCUCUCAACCUAUUGAAUGCUCCCAGCGUUCAGCUCAGGAGCUCCCUGCAGUCGAGAGGCAGGACCUGGACCGAUGCUCAGUACUCGGCGGUCAACAAAUGGUCCUUACUGGACAGAAUUUCACUUCCGACUCCAAAGUGAUAUUCUCCGAGAAGACACAAGAUGGGCAGCAAAUCUGGGAGGUGGAGGCCACUGUGGACAGAGACAAAACUCAAGCUAACAUGCUAUUUGUUGAGGUCCCUCCGUACAGAAAUCGGACCAUUUUCCACCCAGCAAAAGUCAACUUCUACGUCAUUAACGGAAAGAAGAAACGCAGUCAGCCUCAGCACUUCAUCUACACUCCUGUGAUAGCCAUUAAAGCAGAACCGCUGGAUGAUUACCAGUUGAAUUCGUACUUCUACUCAGACAAUCAGUCUCUAACUGGCCUGUCAAUGAAGUCACUCUACCAUCACCUGGAGCAGGAGAGCAACCUUCAAGCCUUGAAUGUUUCGCCAACAAUGCUCCAUCUAACCACUGUAGACCCCAGAGCCCAUGUGUUGAUUCCAGAUCCACUGGACGACCAGCCGGUCUAUUACCAGUCCAGAGCUGGCACUCAGAUCAACAACCCAGGGAUGUACCACCCUGCAAACCAACGUUACAGCAGCUGUGGCACCGCCCUCCACGGUGGUUCCCCGAUGGCUUCACACGCUGCCUCUACUCCCAGCCACUGUGUCAGUGCCAGAACACCUGUGGGGAAACAGGACGAAGGUCCUCAGGUUGGUGAUUCAUUCGAGGCCUGUUUGGUGUCAAGACAUCAGAGUUUUGUGCAGACAGCGCUGCCACUGGGAAAGUCACCACCUUCAAGAUACUUCCAAGGUCAAGCUCAAGGGAAGGCUGGAGGCCGAGUGGAGCCUCAGAUCUUCUCUGGUAGAGGAAACCAUGAGGAACGAGCUCCAGAGAGGGUCACAGUCAAACAAGAGAACAUCCGCUAUGCUUACCUUGAGGAUGUGAAUGACAUCAUAAGACGAGACAUGAAAGACCUCAAUGGAGAGUGAACCUGGAAGUCUGCAGCAGCCCUGAUGUCCAUCAGAUUAAGCAUAACAUGUAAAUAUAAAAUCCUGAGUGUCUUAGAAGAAGCUUGUACUUGUAAGCAAUACAAAAAAAUGGAUUGGUGGCAGAGAUUUAAGCAAACUAUAAACUAUUCUCUUGACUUAUACCUUAUACUGUGUAUGUAUUGUUUCUUUACUUUACCUGUUUGACUUCUCUUUGUUCAUAUAUUUGUACAAUUGCUCUUUGUAAGCAUGUAUAAAAUGUGUUAUAUUAAAUAAAAUGUGUUUAUAUGAAUCAGUGAGUUUGGAAUAUAGUAAGAACAACAAUGGACUGAAUAGUAAAUCAGUUUUUUGCAAUUAACACACUUUUUAAAAAUGUACCUGAUACAAUUCCCUUUGUCUUUGUAAUCUUUCUCUUUUCGUCGGGUAAAGUCAUAUUUCAGCCUCCAUUAUUAAGUUAAUUUAAUAUAUAAUUUCUAAACUUAAAAGAUAACCUAUUUUCUGAAAAAUGCUUUUCUUCUGUCAAUAGUAUAGGCGGAUUGACUUUAAUUAUUUACAAACCACAAUAGUACAGGUCAAAUCAGUUAAACAGAAAUGUCUAAAUACUUAGUGUAUUAUUAAAACCAAAACUUACUUAGAAAGUACAGACACUGAAGAAUCCUCUCUCAGGAUUGAAUUGUUAAUGCAACACCAUGUUAGCACAGUUUUAAGUUUAAGUACUUAACGUGGGUCGUUCAAACUAUAUUAGUGCAGUAUGAGCAGUGGUGUAAAAUGUACUCAGAUCUUGAGUAAAAGUAGCAAUACCCCACUGAAAGUACGACACUACAAGUAAAAGUCCUGCAUUCAGAACCGUACAUAAGUGUCAUCAGCUAAAUGUCCUUAAAGUAUCAAAAAUAAAAGACCUCAUUGUGCAGUAAA